GUCAAUACGUACCGGGUCCCGUCGUGAACGGAUUCCCCACUUUUGAAAUGGAUUACGCGGUGCCCAAGCCAUUCAUGUACAAUUUCACCUCGCAAUCCAUCAGCCAGAGAGUGUUGUCGUCGUCAAUGGAGGUGGGGGUGGUGCCGGAGGCGACGGAGAGCUUGGGGAAGAGCGAGAGCGUGGCGGUGCUGGGAAUGGAUAGAGAGGCGAGGGUGCUGAGGUACAGAGAGAAGAGGAAGAACAGAAAGUUCGAGAAGACGAUUCGAUACGCGUCGAGGAAAGCGUACGCGGAGACGAUGCCGAGAAUUAAAGGGAGAUUCGCGUAGCGGUCUGAGCUGGAGGUGGAGUCGCACCUCGGUGGCGACGCUGCGUCGUACGGUUGUCC